CUGUUUCGUUUUAAUUCAAUCGAAGAUAGCCUAGAAAAUUCUUGUCCGAGAGAGAGAGAGAGAUGUCGUACUUGCUACCUCACCUGCACUCAGGAUGGGCUGUAGACCAGGCGAUUCUAGCUGAAGAAGAGCGAUUGGUAGUCAUUCGAUUUGGUCAUGAUUGGGAUGAAACUUGUAUGCAGAUGGACGAAGUGUUGGCAUCAGUAGCAGAAACGAUAAAGAAUUUUGCUGUGAUAUACCUGGUGGACAUCACAGAGGUUCCUGAUUUUAACACCAUGUAUGAGUUGUAUGAUCCAUCUACUGUCAUGUUCUUCUUCAGGAACAAGCAUAUUAUGAUUGAUCUUGGAACUGGUAAUAACAACAAGAUCAACUGGGCUCUCAAAGACAAGCAGGAAUUCAUUGACAUUGUUGAGACUGUCUACCGGGGUGCAAGGAAGGGUCGUGGUCUUGUCAUUGCUCCAAAAGACUACUCCACAAAGUACCGCUACUAAAUACUUUUGCUAAUUGUUUGAACUGUAGGAGAUUGCCUUGAAAACAUGCAUGCUUGUGUCAAACUUGUCUUUUAGAACAAAAGUGGGGAUGCCCUGGUUAAUUCAAAAUCUCAUGUUGUAAUACUGGUUGGUGUGGAUAACCAGUUCCAUGCUUUGGACAUGGACGACGCGUUGAACUCGGCAACUAUUCUAGAAUUGAAACAGUAUUCAUA